GGUCAGUGUGGGGUUCGGUGAGUGAGUGAGUGAGGUCCGACAGCAGGACGGCCUGCGGCAGAAAGCUUAUAAAGGCAGCUUUGAUUAAAGAUGGCGUCCCUGUUUGCUCAAGAAAUUCGCCUUUCUAAAAGACAUGAAGACAUAGUAUCACAAAGAUUAAUGUUACUUCAACAAAUGGGGAAUAAACUUGGAGAUCAAAACAAGGAAAAGACCCCUCAGAUGCAAACAGCUGAGACUGCUUUACAAAGGAACCUUAGUCUUUUAAAGGAUAUAGAAGCGGCAGAGAAGUCUCUACAGACCCAGAAUCAUCCAGUUCCAUCGCCUGAGGUGGCUUCUCUUGAGACUCUUUACUGGGCAUCAGUAGAAGAAUAUAUUCCCAAAUGGGAACAGUUUCUUUUAGGAAGAGCACCAUAUCCUAUUGGUGUUGAAAAUCCAAAUGAAGCAGAAGAUACCAUUCAAAAGGAGGUGCAGCAAUAGCUUCUUCACAUACUAUUUGAAAAACCUAUUUAGGAAAGCUGAGUGUUAAAGAAUAUGCAGAUCACUGCAGGAACUUUAGGAAUCAGACAUGUUCAAUUGUCUCAUUACUUCCUCAAUGACAAUGAAGAUUUGAAAAUCUACUUGGAACUUUCAGGCCAUCACUGGGAGACCUACUGCUCUUUCAGUGUCAUGAAUUUGCUUUCUACCAAACCCAUGGAAGUGUUAAAAGCUGAUACUGAAAGGUGGACUGUUGAUUAAAUAAGCUGCUGAAUGAGUGUUGUGCGCUGUUGAAAGAAAAAAAAAAAAAGUCAUUUACUGCCACUAUCACCUAAACAGUGAAUACCAGUAGUUCUGAUUUUACAUCUUCUAUAAUCUUUACUUUUCAGUUAUUUUGUUAUGGGGAUAAGGCUCAGGAUCCAAGUGGUUGUUUGCUCACUCUUUUAGCUUUUUAACAAAUGAAAAGACAGUGACAAUCGCUUAGUAUAAUAAUAUUGAUCAGGAAAUAGAUUCAUAGGAUUUUGUCCCUCAUAGAUCACUGGACCUGUAAAAAUUCUCGAAGCAAGAACUAAACUACCAAGCAUUCAAUAAGUAGCCAGUUUCAGGAGGGCUCAGACUGGGUUCUGAAAAAGGACACCUAUUAGAGCUGGGAAUGGUCGCUGGAUUUUGACCUGGUUAUUUAAAGAUUGCCAACCCUGUGAACACAAGUAACGCUUCUCUCAUCUUUUCAUCUUUAAAUCUAUCCUUCCCUGUCCCUUCUAUUUUCUUUAUUUCUCAAACAACUGUCAGUCAGAAACUUUUGGGUCACAACCCUCAAUAGCUUUGGGAUUCCUCAAUCCACCACUGCUGGAGUGCUCAAAAAAAAAAAUUCUACUUUUUCUAAUUAUAAAAGCAGCUCCUGCUUAGGGGUCCACAUCACAAUGAAAGAUUUUCAAUUUUAAACUGGUUUGUGGUUUUAUAAGUUGACAACAGGACAAGCUAAAAAAAAAAAAAAAAAAAGUCCAUUGUGCUGAUAAGUUCCUUUAAACUACCAUCUUGGAAAUAUCCUGUUGAGUGGGUGCUGGUGUGGGUAACAAUAAUGCUGUUUUCAUAGCACGUGCUGGCAGAUGAGCACUCUUCUCCACAGUGUUAACAGUUGUAAUUAAGGAAUAAACAGCACAGAGUGUCAGUCCGAUGACAAUUUCAUCUAUAGUGUCACAAUACAAAAUGUCACAAAAUAUUAGAACUGUUAUAUAACUAUAAAAAGGAUUGGCUUAAAAGCCAAAAGCCCUUUAAAAAGGAAGACAGAGAAAGAAAGAAAAAAGAAAACUGGCAUAGGGACCAAAACCGUUUUAUACCUUCUCAAGACUGUUCUGUCACGAAAAUAAAUUGAUAUAUUUUUUUUUUUCCUGUUACAUUACAGUUUGGUUUCUAGCCAUCCAGUUGAUUUAGCAGGAGAAUGCAGGGCUUUUUAGCAGCUUUGAAUUGGUAAACAGAUUUAGAUGUAGUAGAGAGAACAUGAGGAAGUUUUUUUUUUUUUUUUUU